CUGAAAUAAACUCAGCAAAAAAAGAAACAUCCAUUCUUCAGGACCCUGUCUUUCAAAGGUAUUUUGUAAAAAUCCAAAUAACUUCACAGAUCUUCAUUGUUGUUGAUCUUCAUGCUUGUUCAAUGAACAAUAAACAAUUAAUAAACAUGCACCUGUGGAACAGUUGUUAAGACCCUAACAAAUGGUAGGCAAUUAAGGUCACAGUUAUGAAAACUUAGGACACUAAAGAGGCCUUUCUACUGACUGAAGAACACCAGAAGAAAGAUGCCCAGGGUCCCUGCUCAUCUGCGUGAAUGUACCUUAGUACUGCAGAUGUGGCCAGGGCAAUAAAUUGCAAUGUCCGUUCUGCGAGAUGCCUUAGACAGCGCUAAAGGAAGAUAGGACGGACAGUGGUUCGUCCUCACAGUGGCAGACCACGUGUAACAACACCUGCACAGGAUCGGUACAUCCGAACAUCACACCUGCGGGACAGGUACAGGAUGGCAACAACAACUGCCCAAGUUACACCAGGAACUCACAAUCCCUCCAUCAGUGCUCAGACUAUCCACAAUAGGCUGAGAGACGCUGGACUGAGGGCUUGUAGGCCUGUAGGCCUGAGGGCUUGUAGGCCUGACAUCACCAACAACAAUGUUGCCUAUGGGCACAAACCCACCGUCGCUAGACCAGACAGGACUGGUAAAAAGUGCUCUUCACUGACGAGUCGCGGUUUUGUCUCACCAGGGGGGAUGGUCGGAUUCGCGUUUAUCGUCGAAGGAAUGAGCAUUACACCGAGGCCUGUACUCUGGAGCGGGAUCGAUUUGGAAGUGGAUGGUCCAUCAUGGUCUGGGGCGGUGUGUCACAGCAUCAUCGGAAGCUUGUUGUCAUUGCAGGCAAUCUCAACGCUGUGCGUUACAGGGAAGAUAUCCUCCUCCCUCAUGUGGUACCCUUCCUGCAGGCUCAUCCUGACAUGACCCUCCAGCAUGACAAUGUCACAAGCCAUACUGCUCGUUCUGUGCGUGAUUUCCUGCAAGACAGGAAUGUCAAUGUUCUGCCAUAGCUGGCGAAGAGCCCGUAUAUCAAUCCCAUUGAGCACGCCUGAGACCUGUUGGAUUGGAGGGUGAGGGCUAGGGCCAUUCCCCCCAGAAAUGUCCAGGAACUUGCAGGUGCCUUGGUGGAAGAAUGGGGUGACAUCUCACAGCAAGAACAGGCAAAUCUGGUGCAGUCGAUGAGGGGGAGAUUCAAUGCAGUACUUAAUGCAGCUGGUGGCCACACCAGAUACUGACUGUUACUUUUGAUUUUGACCCCCUCCCCCGCUUUUUUCAGGGACACAUUAUUCCAUAUCUGUUAGUCACAUAUCUGUGGAACUUUUUCAGUUUAUGUCUCAGUUGUUGUAUCAGCAUCCUGGAGUCGCCAGCAUCCUGGAGUUGCCUCUUCACGGUUGACGUUGAGACUGGUGUUUUGUGGGUACUAUUUAAUGAAGCUUCCAGUUGAGGACUUGUGAGGCAUCUGUUUCUCAGACUAGACACUAAUGUACUUGUCCACUUGCUCAGUUGUGCACCGGGGCCUCAUCCUCCACUUUCUAUUCUGGUUAGAGCCAGUUUGCGCUGUUCUGUGAAGGGAGUAGGAGACAGCAUUGUACGAGAUCUUCAGUUUCUUGCCAAUUUAUCACUUGGAAUAGCCUUCAUUUCUCGGAACAAGAAUAGACUGACGAAUUUCAGAAGAAAGUCUUUGUUUCUGGCCAUUUUGAGCCUGUAAUCGAACCCACAAAUGCAGAUGCUCCAGAUGCUCCAACUAGUCUAAAUAAUGCCCAUUUUAUUGCUUCUUUAAAUCAGAACAACAGUUUUCAGCUGUGCUAACAUAAUUGCAAAAGGGUUUUCUAAUGAUCAAUUAGCCGUUUAAAAUUAUAAACUCGGAUUAGUUAACACAACGUUCCAUUGGAACACAGGAGUAAUGGUUGCUGAUAAUGGGCCUCUGAAUGCCUAUGGAGAUAUUCCAUUAAAAAUGUGUCAUUUCCAGCUACAAUAGUUUUUUACAACAUUAACAAUGUCUACACUGUAUUUCUGAUCAAUUUGAUGUUAUUUUAAUAGACAAAAAAUGUGCUUUUCUUUCAAAAACAAGGACAUUUCUAAGUGACCCCAAACUUUUGAUACGGUAGCGUAUUUUUUUUUUAUAUACAUUUGCUAACAUUUCCUUUUGCUUUAUCAUUAUGGAGUAUUGUGUGUCGAUUGAUGAGGGGAAAAAACUAUUUAAUCAAUUUUAGAAUAAGGAUGUAAAAUUCCAGGGGUCUGGGAUACUUUCCUAAUGCACUGUAUAUUGAAUGUCUUGUAAAUAGUACUGGCAAGGAAUUCAUUGUAAUUCUACUGUAUUCAUUAGCUUCCUUUCAACUCAUUGUUUCUCUUUUAGCCCUGAGGGAUAAUAAAACCUCUUUCAGCUGUCCAAAUUUUACACAUCUCCUCUCAGUUGGCCUCAAAUAAUAACACUCACACUCACAGCUGCACUGCCAGAACCAGCUGCUGCACAGAGCUGUAGAAGCAGGUGAUUGGCCUUAUUUGGAGCUUGCCUGGGUCAUGUGACCACAAAAUGGUGGAAGCUGUUAGCUUUUUCUAAGCUGAGCAUCUCUACCAAGAGCCUGGGAAGAAGAGAGAAAAAGUGUGAGAUACAGCUGAAAUACAUCCAUGCUCUAAGACAGAGAAGGACAGAGAUUCCUGUGCCCCAGUAGUGGUGAGUAGAUGGAUUUAAUGUGAUGAAAAAUAAAGAAAAAGGAGAAGAGAGACGUAUUUAUUUUAUAGAGACAGGAAGAGAUAAUGGAGAGGGAGGGGCUGCUGUCAUCAGCACUGUGGUCCUGUACUGCACUAUGUAUGAGGUGGCUCAGCAUCCUCCCUGGAGCAAAGCAGCUGAUGCCGAUCUUGUUAUACCUAUCGUAUGCAUGCACGUGUGUGUGUCUGUGUGUGUGAUUCAGCAUCAGCAGAAGCUUAUGUAAUUCAUCAUUGCUGUUCAGAAAUCAGCUAUUCUGAUCAGCGUUUUUCUUUUUGUCGUAUUUGCUAAUGCAAUCAGAUUCGUCUUCUCCCAUCUGAAAAAGAAACCAGGAUCAUUUAAUGUGCGUGAGUGCACGUGUCGGUUGGUUUACUUACAUCUGUGCCCAAUCUGUGCUCGAGUAAGCGUGUGGACAUUUGAGUCAGCAGAUGAGAGACGGAGGAGAGCGAGAGAGAGAGAGAGAGAGAGAAGGGGCUGCUGAUGCUGUAACAGCCUUACCCUCUUCCCUCCCCAUCCAUCUCUCCGCCUCCUGCUAGAAUAGAUGGAUUAUUCACAGCGGAGAGAUCUGAUGACCUUUAUCCUCAACACUCCUCCCACUGCUCUCCCUCUCUCCCCCUCUGCUGUGGUCAUUGAAAUCAUCCCGGUAGCAAUGAUAGAGACACAGUCCUGACAGUGUGCCUGUAGGAAAUGGCUUGCAUGUGACUGUGUACUGUACAAUACUGCCAACUGAGUUCACUCAUUUCUGUGUGUGUGUGUGUGUGUGUGUGUGUGUGUAUGAACAGACUAACACAACGCAGUCAGGCUCUCACUGGUAUGCUGUAUUGAGUCCUAGAUUAGGGACUGUUGUGUAUGAUGAUUCUCUACAGCAAUGUAGAGGUUGAAGGACCACAGUAGGGGGGAUUGUGUCUGUGUAACCUGUCAGAGUUCAAAUUCUAUUUGUUCCUUGUGGUGCAAACCGCACACACACACACACACACACACACACACACACACACACACACACACACACACACACACACACACACACACACACACUUGCCUCUCCUGUGUUUAUUGGGUCUGUAUUCAGUGUGUCACUGGUCUGCUAUGUGUUGUCUUAAUGUCCCCCUGGGUGAUGAAGGGAUGGACCUGGCGUCUCACAGUAAGGCGACCUCCGAGGGGGCCGAGGGCAGACCAGCCCCUCCCAAUUCGCUGCCCCUGCAGGGUGCUCCAGGUGGCCCGUCCCAGAGGAAGAAGCUCUCCGCCCCAUGUAUCAGCCUCUCAUUGGACCAGAGCGAGGACGACGCCCUAGAGACGCCCGAAGACCUUGACAUUAACGUGGACGACCUGGACACGCCCGAUGACGCAGACUAUCUGGACUACACCGACAAUGAGCUGGACUGGGAGGAACCCCCAACAGGGGAGAAGGAGCCGUGCGAGCCGAUUCCCACAUGUAGCACGGAGGAAGAGCGUCAGGAUGGGAAGCUGUGUAGGGCAGUGGUCAUCGGAGAGCAGGAACACCGCAUCAACAUGAAGAUCAUUGAGCCCUACCAGAGAGUUAUCUCCCAUGGAGGGUACUAUGGAAAUGGAGUGAACGCCAUCAUAGUGUUUGCGGCAUGUUUCCUCCCUGACAGCGACAGUGAGGACUACCAUGAAAUCAUGGAGCAUCUCUUCCUGUAUGUGAUCAGCACGUUGGAGCUGAUGGUGGCGGAAGACUAUAUGAUCAUCUACUUGAACGGAGCCACGCCCCAUAGGAGGAUGCCUGGACUGGGCUGGCUCAAGAAGUGUUACCAGAUGAUUGACCGGAGGCUCAGGAAGAAUUUGAAAUCCUUCAUCAUCGUCCACCCGUCCUGGUUUAUUCGGACCAUACUAGCCCUCACUCGGCCCUUCAUCAGCACCAAGUUCAGCAAUAAGAUCAAGUAUGUGAACAGCCUGGCUGAGCUGCAGGAACUCAUCCCCAUGGAACACGUCCACAUCCCAGAGUGCAUCAUUAGUCUUGACGAGGAGCUGAAGGAAGCGGCGGUGAGCUCAACAGUGAGCAGUUUCCUCCAGGGACCCGAGCCGACGCCGGGGAGACCUGAGUGAAGCCGAUAAAACCAACGUGAACAACUCCUAGACAAAGUGGCAUUCAACAACGGUGGAAAUGAAUGCUCGUCUCGAAAUGGAAUGUCACGUUGUUUGAAAACUCAUGAUUGUCUUGUGUGCUGGAUGCAGUAAAAACAGAUGUACUGUAAGGUAUAUUCCUGUGUGUUUGUGCGGCGUGGAGUCGACUAUGAAGACUCACCUUAUUCCCUGUUAGCACUCAGACGUAGAUCCUAUGAAGACCACUGUAAAAUCCAUCUACAACACCUCUGACAGACCAGAGAUGAGCAUGUGGGGUUUCUUAUUGCUAGUCUUUGGGACCCACAGGUUGCACUGUUUUGUUUCUUCCCAGCACUAACGUACCUGGUAGCACACCAUGGUCUUGAUGAUGAGUUGAGUAAUCAGGUGUGUUAGUGCUGGGUUGGAACAAAAAUGUGCACUCAUGCAGGUUGCCCAGGACCAGCAUUAAUAAUCCCCACGAUGAGACUACUGGGAUACUUGACAGUAAAUCCACAUUACCAUGAUAGUUUGUGAAGGACAUAAAUAUGAUGUGGUAACUCACAGUGCAGUACACACAUCCAUUCAAAGUUUUAAUGUUGUACUUUGGUAAUAAUGCAUGAGAAGCGGUGAAGCACUAAUAUUGUCCAUCUUGGAUUAAGACAAGUCAUUAUGUCCUUGAGACAUCACAUCAACGACGGUACGUCAAAAUCAAUCUCACAUAUCUAUGACAUGCUAAAAUCCAGUCCCCUUAGGAAACAACCAAGUAACGCGUCUCAUCGAUCUUUUUUUACAUCUGAAAAUCAUUUGGAUCUUGAUGAGAGUGUUGGACAGAUAAACCCCUACAUGUUUUCACUUUGAAUCAAUCUGACGAACAGUGGAUGACAAGAGUAACCACGGAAAUAUAAUGAAUUAUAUUUGUGUGUAUCUAAGUGAAUGUGUGAAAACAAGCUAUCAUUACAUUGUGAGAGCAUGUCUUUUCAGAUGACUGGUCCUGUGAGAGUCGAGUGUGAUAUGUGUGUGUGUGUGUGUGUGUGUGUGUGUGUGCGUGUGUCCUGUCAGUGUGUUUCUGUCAGACAUCUUACAUGUUCACCAUCUAGGGCUCUUGUCUCUGCACCAAACAGGAUAUGACCUCAAGAGGAGGACAGAGAGAGAGAGAGAGAAGCGGGGGUCUCUGUGUAAAGCACAAUAUCGCGUACUGUGUGUGUCAGUGUGUGUGCGUGUUUCAAUGCAUGCUUCCUCAGAUGCUCGGUGGCUCUUUGACCCAGGGCUCUUCUACAUUGUGUGUAAAAUGUGUUAUAUGAUGGAACACUAUAUCAAUAAAUACAACUUUUA